AUGUCCAGAGCUACUGUGGAGCUCGAUUUCUUCGGCAUAGAGAAAGAGAACCCCAGCAAAUCUCAGUUUCAAAAGCUUCUCGAUCAACAGAAAACUAUUCGAGGUCUGCCUCUUACUGCAGCGCACGAGCUGACAAGGGUUUUGCACUAUAGAUCUGCCUUUGCUGCAUCGAGAGGCCAUGGUGUUAGAGGUGGAGCUCGGGGAGCUCAGUUUGGCCAUGGUGGUGGUAGUGGUUCAGCAUAUGGCCGAAGUGGCGAUGGUGGGUCUACUCAUAAUCGUGGUGGUGGUCGUACUGGGAGCAGAGAUUCAGGGGGAGCCCAUGAUAGAGGACGUAGCUCAGGCCUGAGGAAGUGCACUCGUUGUGUGUCUCCCACCAUUUUGCCAAGACGGAAUAACCUCUGCAAAUCCCCAAAUCAUCUAAUCCUACCCAGUUCACCAAAGCCAAGAACAUUACUGAAAUGUUCAUCAGUUUCAAGCUUGAUCUCCAUUUGGGAUGAGAAAGCAGUCGUCGAACACGUAGAAGAAGAGAAACCACUCAGAGAUGUUUGGCAGGAAAUUCAGGGGUGUAACGACUGGGAAGGACUCUUAGAUCCCAUGGAUCCUGUCCUUCGCAAGGAGAUCAUCCGAUAUGGCGAAUUUGCUCAGGCCUCAUACGAUUCGUUCGACUUCAAUCCUCAUUCCAAGUACUGUGGGACCUGUAAAUUCCAAGGUGCCCAUUUCUUCGAAAGGCUCCACAUGGCCAAUCUGGGCUACCAGAUCAGUCGAUACCUCUACGCAACCUCCAACAUCAGCCUUCCCAACUUCUUCCAGAAAGCAAAGAUCAGCAAAGUGUGGAGCCCCCACGCAAACUGGAUGGGCUACGUCGCCGUUGCCACCGACGAGAAAGAGAUCGUGCGCUCAGGGCGACGUGACAUCGUUAUUGCAUGGAGAGGCACAGUGACUUACCUUGAAUGGAUCCAUGAUCUCAAAGACAUUCUUCGUCCAGCCUGCUUCGGUGGCGAUCCGUCGAUCAAGAUCGAAUCAGGCUUCUUAGACUUAUACACUACUAAGAAACAAGGGUGCAAUUAUUGCACGUUCUCUGCUYGAGAACAGGUUCUAGCUGAAAUUAAGAGAUUGGUGGAAAGAUACAAAGGAGAUGAAUUGAGUAUUACAAUCACAGGCCAUAGCCUUGGGGCCGCGCUAGCUUUACUAAGCGCUUACGAUGUUGCAGAGAUGAAACUUGACGUUCGACGUAAUGGGCACAGUCAGACUAGAAUUCCAGUAACUGUGUUCUCCUUCUCAGGACCCAGAGUCGGAAAUUUGAAGUUCAAGGAGAUGUGCGAUGAGCUCGGGAUUAAGGUACUCAGAGUGAUCAAUGUGCAUGAUAAGGUGCCCACUGUGCCUGGUGUGAUUGCAAACGAGAAAUCUCAAUUUCAGAAGUACAUAGAAAAGGUUAUCUCGUUCCCAUGGAGUUACGCCCAUGUGGGUGUGGAGAUUGCUCUGGAUCAUACGAAUUCGCCAUUUUUGAAGUCCACGUUUGAUCUGUCUUGUGCGCACAAUUUGGAAGCUCAUCUGCACCUUGUGGACGGAUAUCAUGGCAAAGGACGCCGCUUCUGCUUGGCAAACAAGAGAGACAUUGCGCUUGUUAACAAGAGCUCUGACUUCUUAAGGGAAGAUUAUGGUGUGCCGCCUCACUGGCUUCAGGAUGAGAACAAGGGGAUGGUGAGGAGCUCCGACGGCCGGUGGGUCUUGCCGGAGAGACCCCGGAUGGAGGCUCACCCACCUGACACCGCCUACCAUGUUGAACAGGUUCUCAAGGUCUUCAAUUCACCGGUGGAGAAACUGUAAUUUCAUUCUGACCUCUGAACAGUUUAUAUCUCCUAACUUUCAUUUCUACUUGGUUUUAUUGUUAUACUAGAAAAAACCAGUGCGAUGCACGGAUUGGUGUAAAAGAUGCCAAUCUUCUAUAAAGGGAUGGUAGAUUCACUUCCUA